AUGGGUGUAGAUUUGAUCGAGAAAUUGGUACAGCCUCUCGGUGAGGAUGGAAAUGAUACAGCGGUAAUUAUUCUCAGCGUUUUCGGCGGUGUAUCUGUGUUAACAAUCGUGAUAUUUAUAAUUCUAUACAAAAAAUGGCGGUAUGAACAAGCUAUCGCUGGUCUGCUGUGGAAAAUCUGUUCAUCAGAGCUUCAUAUUGAUUCUGAUAAACCGGAAUGCAAAUCCGAGAGCAAAUAUUCUUUGAGCAGUCGUCUGUCACUUGAUUCGAGAACUACAUUGACGCAAGUCUAUGCUAGAACCGGCAACUAUAAAGGACAAAUUGUUGCUUUGAAAAUGUACGAGAAGAAAAAUUUUGUUGUCACCCAUAAAAUGAAACGAGAAAUGAAAAUGAUGCGAGACAUCCGUCACGGAAAUGUCAACGCUUUCAUCGGAGCUUGUGUCGAUCCGCCACACUUCAUCAUCGUUACAGAAUACUGCUCGAAAGGAAGUUUGCAGUUUUUCAACGUUAAAUUGUUUUUUCUCACCGACAAAAACAUUCCACACUCGCCCCAACACAAAGAUCUUCAAUGGACAGCACCUGAAAUAUUGCAGAACCCAGAGAAAAAGGGAAGCCCUAAAGGGGAUGUGUAUUCGUUCGGUAUUGUCUUAUACGAAAUCCUUGGAAGAUGUUCACCAUACCGGGAUCUUAAUAUAACACCAAAAGGCACCACUCUAACCUAUCGAGAAAUAAUUGAACGUAUAGAGAAAAACCACGAACCAAUCCGUCCUAAUGUAGACGUAUUAAACUGUGACCCGUAUCUAAUUGAUUGUAUGAAAAUCUGCUGGAGCGAAUAUCCGGAAAUGAGGCCUGAUUUCCGCAGUGUUUGGCGCAUGUUGAAGCCGAUGAGACACGGCACGUAAGUAUUAUAUAUAUAUUGCCAUAUUAUUACUAUGUCGAACAGACAAUCGAAUGUUGUUAUACACCGCUGAUUACAAUGCGCUACCUCACAUUGUUGUAGUUUUCUAAGGCUGCC